AUGCCGCUAGUUAAAGAUGUGGGGUCUCUGACUAGAUAUGAUGACGCAGCUGUCAUCACUGAUUGGCAAAAGAAAUUGACUCCGGAACAGUUCUAUAUCACGAGAGAAAAAGGAACUGAACUGCCAUUUACUGGAAUCUAUCUGAAUAACAGAGAUCCAGGAAUGUACCAUUGCGUAUGCUGCAAUGCCCCAUCGCUCAGUUCAGAGAAGAAAUACAAUUCCAAAGGAUGGGCUUCAUUUUCGGAAGCUUUUGGUGCAUGUGGUACAGAUGAAAACAAUACCAAUAUCCUGAGGUGUCCAGAUACCUCAUUGGGAUCAACCAGCAUGGAAGUCAUUUGCAAACAGUGUGAUGCCCAUCUUGGUCAUGUGUUUGAUGAUGGUCCCAGAUCUUCUGGACAAAGGUUCUGUAUCAAUAGUGUUUCGUUAAUCUUUAAACCAAGCUUAGACUAGUAGGAGAAGGAUCUUUAAGUACUAUUGUGAAAGCUACAAAUUUUAGUACCAAACAUAAAUUCACUACCAGAUCCUUUGUGCCACUGGAGUUUUGUUUUAUUGAUGUUGAAAAUGUUGGUAAAAAUAUAUUUAUUGUAAUUUCUAGCCUAAUAUUUGUGUUCAUUUGAAUCUGGUUUUACGAAUGUGUACAAUGUAUUAGUUUUGACUAAAUGUUUAAGUUUCUAUGAAAUAAUGCAAAAUGUUUAUGAAAUUGAACAUUGAUGUGUUCCUCUGUCUUGUAAGUGUUGAAAUAAAAACCUCAAUGAUUGCCUUGUACUUAACAUAAAUUUAUACAUUUAACUUUAAAAAGUAAAUCGAAGUAGUUGUGGCCUGUAGUUUUCAGUGUUAAAAUGUUUGCUUUUUUAAUGUUGAGCUCAUUUAAUACUGAUUAAAAAGCAAAUAAUGCACAUCUGCAAAUUAGCAUUUUUCCAGGUCUGAGAGACAUUUCAUUAAAGCAGCAACUUGUGACAGAGCAACUGACCCCAGAAAUUCAAAGCUCUGCAGUGGGGCAAUGUAAGUCCAAAGUAUUAACACCUUCUCCCAGCCCCAGACAGGCACCACAGAAUCAAAAGGGGCUGGAAUUGCUGCAAUUUCCACCGAGAUUCAUUUCUGACAAAUUUAUUCUUCUUCCAGAAUUGAAUUGGGUUGAGAUUGCAAGUGGAGCCCUCACGGGGUAUGCUCCCUAUUUUAGAUUGAAUGAGGUGUGAGGGUAAUUAAUCUUACCACUAUCACCCCAGCAGUAUUUAUUUAUAUCCCUAAAGUAUUUAAUGACCAUUGAUUCUGUCUGUUACUUCUCCCAUCUUCCAAAUGAGAUCUUAGCUUGUUUAGCUAAAGGAUGCCAUAUCUUGGAUGCCAUCAGAAAGUAACUUUAGACUUUAAGACUUAUUACAAGGUUAGCAGAUUUACACACUUGGUACAUUGGCCCUAGUAUGACCAGUAUGUGAGAUAACUCUUGUGUUUCCUGUUUUCUCCAGACCAGACCUACCCCCACUGAAGCUAGAUUGCACCACUUCCUGAGAUUACAGGGUCAAAGCGAUCCAUUUCCAGAAACCUAUUUUCAGAGCAUGGUUACCUUAGCCCUAGGCUCUUCUAGCAGCGCAAGAGGAAGACCUUUUCCCACUACAGCGAACAGUUCAGAAGUAAACAGAAUUCAAAAAUGGAAUGAAACUGUUUGGAAUUUA